UCGCGUGUGCUUCGCUGAGCCGCAUUUAAAACCUGCUCGCCUUUCAGUUGGAAUCGAUCCCCAUUUUAUUUCUGAGAAAGUGAAAGGAGAAUGUUGGGAGCGCGGAAAGUUGAGGACAUGGAAUCCUAUGGAGAGUGGAGUCCCCAGAGGGUUCUUGAAGACUCUGGGUCAACUUUGCGCAGGAGAGAAGGGAAGCAGCCGUUCAGAAAGUCCAAGUCCUGGGCGGAUAAAUGGUGACCCUGGACGAAGCAGAAGCAACAGUCAAAAGAGGGGGGGCUAUGGGGUUUCAAAGCGGAGGAAGUGACUGUGAGAGAUUUUAGAGCAGAGAGACGCACAGUUUCUCCACAAUACCCCCGAGGAGAAGAGGGCUACUAACUUCAAGCAACCGCAAGAGUCCUGGCUGCCACCAUCAGGGAGGCCCUGCCAUCAGCGCAAGGCAUUUCCCCUUCACUUGCAUCUUGGGAAGAGCAUCAGCAGCAGAAUGACGAGGAUGGUCCCUGCUGGAACUAGCCAUUCUCCAGCCAAAAGAGGAGAGAGAAACAUGCUUCUGAUUAGAUUGGAGGCUGCUCUCCAGGACUUCACAAAUGCUGAUUCCCCUGAUGUAGAAAGUGCUGAGCAGAGGAAGCCCCUCCCCACCAUGCUGGGACUUCAUUUAGAGGACAUCCUGGCUCUCCCAGGCUCUCCCUCACACUCCCUGAGCUACUUCUACCUGCAACUGCCAGUGCCCAGCCAGGGGCUGCCUCCAUCCUUCCUUGAGUUCUACUUGGAUGACCAGCCCAUCGCUCGCUUUGACAGCCUCACCAGGAAGAUGGAGCCUUUGGUGCCCUGGAUGGAGGAGGCUGAGAAUGAGACCUUUCUGCCCUUUGAGUCGGUCUUCAGAGCCAACCUGGAGAAAUUAUCAAAACUGGACCGCAGUGCUGGAGGACUUCACAUCUGGCAGGUGAAUUUGGGCUGUGAGCUCUGGGAAGACGGAGGCAAAGCAGGGUUUUUGCACUAUGGCUACGAUGGGAUGGACUUCAUCAGCUUCGACAAGGGGACCCUGAGAUGGGUGACAGCUCAGCACCAGGCCCAGAAGGUCAAGGAGGAGUGGGAGGAGGAUCCAGGAUGGUCCAAGACAAAUAAAGUCUUUCUGGAGGAAACCUGCAUUGAGGCGCUGCAGAGAUACCUGUCCUACAAGAACAAGACUCUGCAGAGGAUUGAGCCUCCAGUGGGGAAGGUGACUAGCAAGGUGGUGAACGAGAGACUGGAGGUCCUCAUCUGCCAGGCCUUUGGCUUCUACUCCAGGGAGAUCUGGACCACGUGGACAAGGGACGGAGAGGUCUGUGAAUACGAGACCCUCCAUAGGAACGUGGUCCCCAACUCGGAUGGGACCUAUUAUGUCUUGCUCAGCAUUGAGAUUGACCCCAAGGAGAGGGACCAUUUUUGGUGUCGCCUGGAGCACGAGGGAUUGCAGGAGCCUCUGGUGUUGUCUUUCAAGGAGGAAAGAGGUGAGAAAGUGAUGGGUUAA